GGUAGUCAUGUGACUAUAGACUCACUCUUGUGUCACGCAUUAAGUCACUAUGAUUUCUACCGCGUCGCCACAGUUGUUGCUCGCUAUUUUUGCUCUCAUCUCAUGGUGCCCCAUUCGAUCUGACGGCUCAGAGUCCUUUAGCAAAGAGAGUCCUAUGGCUUACGUCUUCGUUGAUGGCUCGUACUCAGACGUAGCUGUUGAGGCUGUUUACGACAAAGUUGUUCGGGAUAGUCAAGACGAGUACGACAAAGUCGGAAGGAGACAAACUCUAAAGAUCGUCAACGUUAGGACGGCAGGAGCCUGCAGCUUGGCCCAAGACUCUGUUGUUGUCCACUUGACUACGGACUGCUUGACUACUAACGUUUCGCACUUAGCAGCGCCUGUUGUAUCGGUUCCUUCUUACUAUGCCGGGGAGUUUGGGUCAAGUGCACUUCACGUGAGCUUUGCUCCCACCACCAGCUUCCAACUUCCAGUUCUCCUAGCCAUCGCUGAGAAACUAGAAUGGACGUCAGCGGUGUACGUUGGCGACCCGAGCGAAGAUGGUGAUGCAUUUUUCCAACGAUUGCUACGUUGCAGCAGGACAUUCAAACUAACGGACAUUGUAACAUUAAAAGAGGACACGGAUCACGAGAAAAUUUAUUGGAAAAUCCACAACAACGACGCUGAUUUCGUCCUUGUUCACUGCCAUACUUCCUUGUGUUUUCAGCUCGUUACAAAGUUGUUCUAUCUUCGAAGUGAAAAUGCAAAUGGAGGCUCCACUUCACCGUGGUUUAUAACUGAAAGCCUCACAAAGAGUAUUCAACGUGCUGUUUCAUCAGGACCAAUGAUGCUCCAACCCACAACCAUUACCCUGCAGAUGGUGAUACGUGACGACCCGCGCUCUGACAUCCUACUAGAAGACAUUCCGUCUCUUGAUGCGUCACACAGCCACUGCCAUGUACUCGAAAAGUGCCCAACAACGAUCAAACAUCAGCUGCAAGUACUCGACUUCUACGACUCUCUUGUCGCUGUGUCUUACCUACUACGACAUCACAACCAAGACUUAACUGGACCCAAACAGCCUCUUUACCAACUAAUUAAUAAAGCAAAUCUCCAAGGCAUCAGUGGAAGAAUACAUUUCGAGAACGAUUAUGAAAGAUCCUAUUCAACGUUGUACGACGUAUUGGACAUCAGCCCAUUCGUCGUAGCUACAAUUGGCGUUUACGAUGGCAGCCGAUCCCACUGGUUGCACGACUUGAAUCCUCUACCGAAUGACAUUAAAAAGAAACGACGUCAUAGGAGGCAGCAGAAACAAUGUGAGCCAGCAGAUAUAAAAAUGGACGAGCUUAGAGUUACUACCAUGAUAGAGCCACCAUUCAUAGUGACUAGGACCAAUACAUCCGAAGAGGCACAUAACGGACCAUAUGCUGGAAUGGUUGUUGACAUAAUGGAGGAGAUUUCCAAAGAUCUUGGGUUUACAUACAAAAUGUAUGAACCGAAGGAUUUAAAGUAUGGCUCCGUUUUUGAAAACGGUACUGGUAACGGAAUGGUCGGCGAACUGAUGAGAUGUGACGCUGACUUGGCAGCAGCUGCCUUUGCAAUUACCUCUGAUCGUUCUAAGUACAUAGAAUUUACUAAGCCAUACUUUGAUGCCGGAAAAGCGCUCCUGGUAUACAAAGAAGAAAAAGUGGCUUUGAGGUCGAGUUUUGAUAUUUUCGCGUUUCUCGAUCCUUUCGACAUUUUUACCAAACUUGCCAUUGUUUGUUCUUUGAUUGCCGCAUCCGUAGCCUAUCUGAUUUUGUGCAAAAUCAAUCCUUACAGUCUGAAUUCAAAUCGACGAUCGGAAGAGUCGGUAUCCCACGGUUCCUUCUGGUUUCUCUAUACCGCCGCCAUGCAGCAAGGCCCGGAUAACAUUACCUCGAUAUCUGGUAAGAUACUCGUCGGGGGAUGGUUUUUCUUUUGUCUCGUAAUCAUCGCUACGUACACCGCCAAUUUGGCAGCUUUCCUGACGGUAAAUAGCUUUGCUGAUGGUAUUGAUUCGCUAGAAGAUUUGGAGAAACAGACGGUGGUGAGAUACGGGACAGUGGAAGACUCAUCGGUAAUCGAAUUUUUCAACCAUUCUUCUUACAAAGCAUUGAAGACAUUAGUAGAGUCUACAGAGGAAGCAUACGAAAGAGUUGAAAACCCAGCUGAAAGCCCGUAUGUAUUUAUUUGGGACGAGCCUAUUCUUAGCUACCGCGCCUCUCACGAUCCGUGCAAGAGUCAAGUUGUCGGCGAACCGUUUAAUUUUGAGGGCUACGGGUUGGCGUUGCCUCUCAACAUGCCGUACGCAUCCGACUUCUCUCUUGCCGUAUUGAAGUUGAGAGAGUCGGGAAAACUCGACGAGAUUCGAGAGAAGUGGCUCAGUACGGGUAACUGCUACACGACGGCUAAUCAGAACGAGCUAAGCGAUGCGAAGAAAGUUCGACUCAGAGAUCUAGUCGGAGUGUUCAUCAUUUUGGGAGGUGGUUUGCUGCUGUCGCUUGCUGCCGCGUUUGCUGAACGUUUGUGGAUAAGGCGGAGAGAAAGUAGGGUCGACAUCACAAGCAAUGGGGCUAUACCCCAAUUGAGUCAUUCCACAAGAAGUACUAUACCUCAGAAUGAUAAAGACCAUUUGUUUCAUGAAGACUGAAAUGACACUAGACGGUCUACGACACGUAAUUUUCUAUACAAUAGUUGUGUACAUGUGGUAUGACAUUGCGACUGCGUCAUUGCAGCGUAAGAAGCUGGAGUGAUUAAAAAGCUCAAGACUUUGCGUUUAUAGCAUUAUUAAAUAAAUCAGUUAAGUAUUUCUACAUCUUGUCAUUUCAGGAGAUUUA